CCAGUCUUGCUCUGCCGAAUCACAUCAGGAAAACAAAAAGCCGUCUCGGCAAGAAUAGAAAUAGAAGAAUAGAAAUUGAGAUUUUUCAUGGCUUUAAUCAGCGAAAAAUAAUAAAAGGUAUUUUUAUGUAAUAGUUGUGCAUUCCAACAAUUAUUAGGUUGACUCCUGGAGAUACUCGAAGAAUAGUAAGAGUUUGAGGGAGGGCAUCGGUUCCUUCCGUGCUAAAGAGGAUGAAUAUUACCCAGAUCCUUCUUUUUGCGUCUGCUGUUGUCUGCAUAUUUCUCACCAUUUCUUGUCAAGGUGCCAAAGAAGUUGAUGACGACGACUUUGCAGAAUUUGACGAUGAUUUUGAUGAGGAUGAGUUGGCUAGGGCUAGAGGGAGACGAUCACAAAGUCCAUCGCCCCAAGAGAAAAUAAGUCCUCCAGUCCAGCAGCAGCAACAACAACAACAGAAGCAACAAGAAAAUGUCGAAACUGAUGAUUUUGAUGAAAUCGAUGAUACUCUCAACCAAGCAGGCCAAAGACAACCUUCUCAAGAGGCUCCACAACAGAAAGCUGAAUUUGAUGAUGAGGAUGAAGCCGAAGUCGAGGAAGACGAUUUUGAAGGUAUUGACGAAGAUGAUUUUGAAGAUGAUGAACGGGACGGGAAAAGGAAAGAUAUGCCUCCGCCAAAACUGACGAUAACGUCGGUGCCGAUGCCGGCACGAGGAUGGCAGGCGUACUGGGCUGAGUGUUUGAUGAUGGGUGGCAUUAUCGUAUACAUGCUCAAUUACGUGAUGGGUCGCUACAAGAACCAAAAAAUUGCACAAUCUUUCUUUGACAUCAAUUGGAACAUCCUUGAAGAAAAUUUCACCCUCCUGGGAGAUUCCACAAUAUUGGAGGAUGAUCAAGGGACUCGGAACUUUCAAAGAAUGUCAGAUUCAAUUUAUCAAAUGUGGUGUUCUGGUCGCGUCUGUUGUGAAGGCAUGCUUUUGGAACUUAAACUACUCAAGCGACAAGACCUCGUUUCCAUUCUGGCAAAUAUAUUCCGACCAGCAAAGGACACUUUAAGGAUUUCGGUCGAAAUGAGCAAGGAAGAUAUGGAUAGUUUCGUGUGUGCUGUUGCCACCAAGAAAACCGGUGCUAAAAUAAUCAAAGAGUACAACGACUUGGCAAACUACUGUCCGGAUAAGAAACCUGGUGACAAAUACGGACUGCCUUCUCAAUUCGUUGUUUUCUCUGAAAUGGGGGAAGUGGCUUCGUCAAUUUUUGACUCUCGGACCGUCUCUGUGAUAAAUAAAUUUGCACCCUUAAUUGAUUGUAUCCACAUCACUGACCAGUUUACCGGACUGAAAAAUACUGAACCGGAAAGUGGUAAAGAUCUCAAACCUCCAGAACCUAGACGAUUUUUAUUUUUUACCCUGAAUCUUCUUACUACCCCAACUGGAAAUAAUGCUGACCAAGUAUUCGAAGACAUGAAACCAUUCUUCCAAUUCAUUUUUUACACCAUUGAUCGAAUGAAGCGAUUACGUCUGUCCCGGGAGGGGAAAACCAAGGCGGAUAAGAAUCGUGCUAAAAUUGAAGAAGCUUACAUGAAAUUAACUCAUGUUGCUCGAGCUGAAGCUGCUGCUGCGCGAAAGGAAGAGAAACGUCGCCAGGAAAAGGAAAAAAUUCUAAAGGAGGAUGAUCCUGAAAAACAGCGUCGCUGGGAACAGAAGGAACAAAAACGUGAAGCAAAAAAGAAGACACCUAAGAUGAAACAAUUGAAAGUGAAGGCGAUGUAAAUACAAGAACAAACACAUUGAAGGUCAUCUUAAAGAAAAGCAUGCAGGGUGUGUCAAUACUUUGGCAUUGUCUUGUCUCGUUUAUUUGCAAACUAAGUUUGAAAAAUGAAGGCGUGCAUAAUUAGUCAGAAUUAAAUUAUUUAAGUAGUAUCAGUUGUCAAAAUAUAGUUUGGAUGAUAAAAAUUAUAUAAAAAUUAUACCUAUACUAAUAUUUACACACAUCAAGUAACAAACAGUUUUCACAAGAUACAUAUGUAACCUAAACUCAAACUCUAAUAACCACCUAUGUAUUUAUACUUUUGUGGCCAAUAAGAAGGGUCACAAUUUAGCAGACAAAAAUUUGAUGGCAUUUAUCUACUUGAUCUCUUUCAAAGACAAUGACAAAAAAUGUAUCCUUCCAUGAACUAAUUUUGUAAAGGGCCUAAAUUACAAACAAUUUUGAAUGGAAAACUCCCUUCCAAUAUCGAUAAUAUUUCUAUUAAACUAAUAAAUAAAAAUUGGUUUUACGUUCUAGUGCUGGCGGAGCUUAGUUUAUAUGAAGUUUUAGGAUAUAUAGUCGGUUUUGUGAAAAUACGUAAUAAACAUGUAUGUCUUGUUGAAGAUGA